AUGGCUCUUGCAAAUGGCGUUAAGAUAAACCGAUCGUUGCGGAGCCUGAAUUUGAAAUGGAACGCAAUCGGCAAAGAUCCGAGCGGCUUGCAAGCUCUUUGCGAAGUUCUGAAGUCCAACCUUACAAUUGGCCAUGUGGAUUUGCGCAAUAACCGCAUCAACAACGUGGGAGCCAAGUAUGUUGGUGAGUUGCUUGCAGCCAAUACAACAAUCACCCACCUGGAUUUAUCCUGGAAUGACCUUGGUGCCGACGGGGGUCUUGCUUUAUUGGAAGGCCUCAAACACAACAGCACUGUCCUUGACUGUCAACUCAGCGGGUCGAAGGCAAGAACACUUUUCACUGGUUAG